AACAUAACCUUGUAAAUAUCUUGAAAGAUCAACAAAACAUGGCCAUGCUUCCUGGUGUAAAAAAAGGUGUUCCUCGUCUUCUUGACGUUAAUCGUCAACCAAGUAAACCAACUAAAAAACGUAAAAAGAUUAAUCUUGUUUUUGAUGAAACUAAAAGAAAAGAUUAUUUAACUGGUUUUCAUAAAAGAAAAUUACAAAGACGUCAAAAAGCUAGUGAUGAAUUAAAAGAAAAGCUAAGAGAAGAAAAAAAAAGAAUAAAACAAGAAGCUCGAGAUAGAUUUAAAAAUUAUGUGUCACAAAGAGAUGUACCUGAACUUGAAGAGUUAUUGUCCAAACAAGAAUAUGAAGCUGAUGGAAAAACAGUUAGUAUACUAGAGUUAAAUGUCAAUGAAUUGGCACAAGGUGCAAAUUGGAUUGGUGAAAAUAAACCAGUUUAUGAACAUGAUAAUUCUGAAGAAGAAGAAGAACAGACUGAUGAGGAAGAUGAUCCAACAAGUGUACCAGGAAUGGAUUUAACAACUAAAAAAAUUAAAAAACCAAUUGUUGUUGUUCAAAAAGAUAAACCAAAAAUGGAUCAAAGAGAUAUUAACAAAGCUGUUCAAAAAGAAACUAAAAAACAAACUGGACGUAGUAAAGUAUUUUUAUUAAAACAACGUUUAGAUCGUCAAAAAAAUAAAAAAUUAGCUAAAAAAGCACAAUUUCAACAAGAACGUGCAAUUAAAAAUGCAAAAGGUAAAGCAAAGAAAAAAUUAAUGAAAAAA